CCCAAGGGCUGUGAACUGCUGGCUUUCUGUUUGCUCCUGGGAAGAUGCAGCGGCUGUUGAGUCCAGUGAAACGAGUGCUGCAAGUGGGAAGAGUGAUGCAGGAAGCUUCCUUCACGCCUGCUUGCCUGCUCCCAGCAGCCCACCAAAGGUUUUCUACAGUCUGUGCUGUUCCCCUGGCCAAAACAGAUACUUGGCCAAAAGAUGUGGGCAUCCUUGCCAUGGAGGUCUACUUCCCAGCUCAAUAUGUGGACCAAACUGACCUGGAGAAGUAUAACAAUGUGGAAGCAGGGAAGUACACAGAGGGCUUGGGCCAAACCCAUAUGGGCUUCUGCUCGGUCCAGGAGGACAUCAACUCCCUGUGCCUGACAGUGGUGCAAAAGCUAAUGGAGCGCACACAGCUCCCAUGGGACUCCGUGGGCCGGCUGGAAGUGGGCACUGAGACCAUCAUUGACAAGUCCAAGGCUGUCAAAACAGUGCUCAUGGAACUCUUUCAGGAUUCAGGCAACACUGACAUCGAGGGCAUAGAUACCACCAAUGCCUGCUAUGGUGGCACUGCCUCCCUCUUCAAUGCUGCCAACUGGAUGGAGUCCAGCUCCUGGGAUGGUCGCUAUGCAAUGGUGGUCUGUGGUGACAUUGCAGUCUAUCCCAAUGGUAAUGCACGUCCCACAGGUGGGGCUGGAGCUGUGGCAAUGCUGGUUGGGCCCAAGGCCCCUCUGGUCCUGGAACGAGGGCUUAGGAGUACCCACAUGGAGAACGCAUAUGACUUCUAUAAACCAAAUGUGGCUUCAGAGUACCCAUUGGUGGACGGGAAGCUUUCUAUCCAGUGCUACUUACGGGCCUUGGACCGAUGUUACACAUUAUACCGCCAAAAAAUCCAGAAGCAGUGGAAGCAAGCCGGCAUCGAUCGACCUUUCACCCUGGACGAUUUACAGUUUAUGAUCUUUCACACGCCCUUUUGCAAGAUGGUCCAGAAAUCUCUGGCUCGCCUGAUGUUCAAUGACUUCCUGUCAGCCAGCAGCGACACGCAAAACAGCUUAUAUAAGGGGCUAGAGGCUUUCAGGUGAGUCCUCUUCAUAGGGAACCUAGGGGCUGGUGAGGUGUGACAAGGAGGAGGCCCCCUCACGCCUUGAGUCUGGACACCAGCAUUCCUGUGGGAAUAAAGGGCAGUCCUCCAGCACAGCAGAAAUGACACCGAGUCCUCACAUGGGCGAUGGGUUAUUUUCUGCACAGGGCCCUCCAUGUGUCAUCUCCUCCAGCACAGCAGAAAUGACACCGAGUCCUCACGUGGGUGAUGGGUUAUUUUCUGCACAGGGACCUCCAUGUGUCAUCUCAGGGGAACACAGGGAGUUUGCCAAUACCUCCGGAUUAAGUGACUGUAGGGAGCUACAAAGAAUAAGAAAAAGGGGAAAGGAGUGUGGUUAAAGCAUUGAGUCAAUGACCAUUUUCUGAACUUCUGCUAUGUGCCAGACAUCAUACU